CUCUCACUCUCCUCAAAUCUGAAUCACCUGCCAACCAGCACCACCUCCACCAAGCCUGACGUCUUAUCCCCACGCGCCGCGGCACUCCUCCGCCUCUUCCCUUCUUCUUCACGCCACCCAUCUCCAUUUAACCCCCAUCUUUCUCUCUCCCUCUCUCUCUCACCAUGAAGCAACUCCACAAGCAAUCCUCAAACACCAGAAAAGACGAGGAGAUGCCCUUUUCCCAAACCCCGCCCUACUCCCCAAAAUCCAUGAAACAUCCUCGAUCCCUCCCCAGAUCCCUCAACUACAUCCUCCGCGAGCAGCGCCUCCUCUUCAUCCUCAUCGGCGUACUCAUCGGCUCCACCUUCUUCGUCAUCCAGCCGUCGCUCUCCGCCCUCUCCUCGGCGGACCGCCGCAGCCCCGGGAUCUCCUACGGCGGCCGCCACUCGCUGCCCAAGGCCAAUUUUCUGGAUCGGGAACUGUCGGCCGAUUCCGGGAGCAGCUUCGUCGAUGGGGGCUACAAUCGUUACUCGAAUGGUGUUGGGCGGGUGCCGGUGGGGAUCGUGAGCAAGAGGAGGAGGAUCGUCGUCACCGGCGGUGCCGGUUUUGUCGGGAGCCAUCUGGUGGAUAAGCUGAUCGCCAGGGGUGACGACGUGAUCGUGAUCGACAAUUUCUUCACGGGGAGGAAAGAGAACGUGGUGCAUUUGUUCGGGAAUCCGAGGUUCGAGCUGAUCAGGCAUGAUGUUGUGGAGCCGAUUUUGCUGGAGGUGGAUCAGAUCUACCACUUGGCCUGCCCUGCAUCGCCCGUGCAUUACAAGUAUAAUCCCGUCAAGACAAUCAUAUCCUUUUUUUAGUUUUCUGUACAUUUUGUUACAUUUCUUAGUGAUGACUGAUGGCUAUGAGAUUUAUGUUUGCUUGCUUAUGUUCUUCCAUUGUCUUGGUUUUGGUCAAAACGAAAAGUGAAAAUGUUUUGUUGUUUUGUUGCAUUUGAUAUUUGGUUGAGAUCCUUGACUGGGUGAUUAAAAGACAAAUGUGAUGGGAACUCUUAACAUGUUGGGCCUUGCGAAGAGAAUUGGUGCGAGGUUUCUUCUAACUAGUACGAGUGAGGUGUAUGGGGAUCCUCUUGAGCAUCCACAGAAGGAGACUUAUUGGGGACAUGUGAAUCCUAUUGGUGUACGGAGCUGCUAUGACGAAGGAAAACGAACAGCUGAAACCUUGACUAUGGAUUAUCAUCGAGGUGCUGAUGUUGAGGUGCGAAUUGCGCGCAUUUUUAAUACGUACGGGCCUCGGAUGUGUCUAGAUGACGGGCGUGUGGUUAGCAACUUCGUCUCACAGGCUAUACGGAAACAACCAAUGACAGUCUAUGGGGACGGAAAACAAACACGAAGCUUCCAAUAUGUGUCUGACUUGGUAGAUGGACUGGUGGCAUUGAUGGAGGGCGAACAUGUAGGCCCAUUCAACUUGGGUAACCCAGGAGAAUUCACUAUGUUGGAGCUUGCCGAGGUUGUGAAAGAAACUAUCGAUCCCAGUGCCACAAUCGAAUUCAAACCAAACACUGCUGAUGAUCCUCAUAAGAGGAAACCGGAUAUUACCAAAGCAAAGGAGCUUCUCAACUGGGAGCCAAAGAUUUCCCUACAAGAAGGUUUGCCCCGUAUGGUAAACGAUUUUCGAAAUAGAAUCUUGAACGAAGACGAAGGAAAGGGAAACUAAUUGUCUCAAACGAACAACCCAAAGGAAAAAUAGCAUGUAUAGAACGAGAGCGUGUUUUGUAAGUCGACCGUUCCACUUUCUGUAUUGCAUUCAUAUCUUUAUUGAACAUUUUAUCGGUAGCAACUUCAAAUUGAGCAAUUUGUUGGUUGCCCUAUAAAUUUUAAUUUGAAGAUUUGUUUUGCAGUUUUCAUUGGGAUUUUGAUUUCAAAUCCAGUUUUUUCCUUCUCAUGGUGGUGUAAAUGACAUUGUUGUCACUGAUUGUAUAAGUUAGAAACUUCUUUGUUGAUAUGGUUUGUUGGGGGGUCCUUUUGAGUUUUGAUAUUUUGUUUUACAUGGAUGAUUGCGAAAAACAGG